AUUCCUCACAACCAUUUCCAAUUGAACCUCUCUGUCUCUCUCUCAUCUUCCUUGUUUUCAUAGGAAAUUGAAGCCAUUUCUCUGAAAUUCUCCUCUGGAAAUCUCGAAAGCAGCAAUCUACGAUCCAUUUCAUUCCAAAGUUGAAAUCCGGAUCUACUGUACAGAAAUUGGUGUCGGGCAUAUAAACCACUUUUACAAAUGCUCAUCUACGAACAUUCGUUUUUUGAGUUGUUGAGAGGCACCAACAUCCUACUAAUCGGAAUCUGACCCAAUUCUCUCAGGCAACUCGUGUGUCAGAUUUCCCUCUCCCACCAACAAUGUCCUCCCACCACCCAUCUGAACUAGACACUGCACCGGGCUCCGUCACCUCAUCCCCUCGCUCAGAUCAUCACCGAUGGCACCCGGACGAUGCUCCACCAUCCCGCAUCCGCUUCAUGUGUAGCUUUGGCGGCCGCAUCCUCCCUCGUCCCCAUGAUAACCAGCUCCGCUAUGUUGGUGGUGACACCCGCAUGGUAUCCGUCCAUCGCUCCACCACUUUCACAGCCCUCCUCUCCAAGCUCUCCAAACUCUCCAACACCCCUGACAUUACCCUCAAAUACCAGCUCCCCAAUGAAGAUCUUGACUCCCUUAUCUCCGUCACCACCGAUGAAGACGUUGAAAUCAUGAUGGAAGAGUACGAUCGCCUCCUUGCACAGACCAAUGGAUCCAAUUUGAAAACUGCCCGCCUCCGCAUCUUUCUAUUCCCAUUGCGAUCGCCCACUAGCAGCAUCAGCUCCAUCUUAGAUGGAUCAUUGAAGCGCGAGCACUGGUUCCUCGACGCACUCAAUGGUGGAUUGGAACGUGGCCGGUCGGAAGUCUCUUCCAUCAUGUCUGAAGUCCCAGACUAUCUCUUUGGCCUUGAUAAUUCAGAUGAGAUGAAAUCGAAAGCUCGUGCAAUUCUCUCUGAAAAUUUAUCAGUUUUAUCAGACCCUGGCUCGCCAGCCCCACCAGCAUCAUCACCAUAUUGUUCGACAUCAUCCGCCAUUCCCGAUCUUCCGCUGGUCAAGACCAAACCCGGAAUCCAAACACCAAGUGAAAUGAGAGAUACCCAGAUUGAAAGAGAACCGUCCAUUCCUCAGCCAGUUGGGCCAGCUGGGGUUGGCGGUAAUCACCUCUGGCAUUACUUGCCUGAAUCUCAAUUACCUGGGCCCACUGUACAUCAGGUCCCAGUGUACUAUAUCCAGGCCGGAAACCUCCCCGUCCGACCUGUUCCAAUGCAGGUACCGUAUGUGCAGAGAGUUGCACCGCCAGCGUCUGCAGUGGGUCAGAUUCCACAACCGACCAUGGGUCAGAUUCCAGCACCGACUAUGGGUCAGAUACCAGUAGGUUUCCGACAUCAAGUUCCAGGCCAGGUGUUUGGUGGAGGAGUUCCGGUUGCGCGGCCUGGGGAUAUGCGGCCAGUUGCGGCAGUGGAGGCUUACGAUAUUCCGACGGGCGUGAUGGGAGCGGACGGCAUGAUGCAACAGGUAUACUAUGCAACUGCGAGGAAUCCCGGCAUGAUUCCGGGAUAUCCGACGGCUGGGAUUCCGAUGGGGCAAGAGUUGCAGGGGAAUAAUGUAGUUAGUACGGAGAUGCAGAUUGGUAAGACUUCUCAGGCCCUUUGAGGGCUUGGAUUCUGUUUGCUUUUGAAACGGUUAUUUCAGGUAUUGCCGUUUUGUCUUUUUUACGGUUGAUGUUGAUUGCGUGUAAUUGUUUUUUGUUUUUUUUUCGUAUUUGGAUUGGAUUGAAUGUGUGUAUAUAUUUUCAAAGAUGAUUGGAUUGGA